AUGCUGGAAGCACUGGUUCAAAAGCUAGCAUUGUAUUCAGGCUGUGCAGUACCUUCCAUCAUCUUUUACCUUGUUACGAGGAAACAGACGAUUAAACGGGCAAACAAUGGACCUCCAGACUGGGUGCUUGUGCUUAUCGGUUUUGUCGAAGUGGUUGUGCCUGUGAUGUAUGAUGGUAGAGGUACUGUGCUUGAUCGUGUUAUAUGUGCUAUUAUGGCCAUCGUCAUGACAUCGGGCAUGUUCUUUUACGUUCGUGAUCGGCAACAGACUCCGGAAGGUGGCAAGAUACAACCUUUCUAUAACAUCUUGACUCACUGGAAUGAAGCACCUUCAACCACUGCAACUAACACUCACGAUCAUAAAAAGAACGAUAACGCCACGCAACAAAAACAGUUAAUGCUGUCAGACAUUCGCAUGGAUGCCUUCAAGUUUCUGCUGAGGGCCAUCGUUUAUACUCUGCUCUACAUUCCCGUGUUCUCUACCAUGGACGGCUUUAUCCGUGCCUGCCGAGAGCCUCCUGAAAUUUUAACAGCUAUACCUUACAUUAGACGGCUGUUUGCUGCGCCUAUUCCAUUUGCUUCCACAUUUUAUUACAUCUGGGUGGGCGUUACACUCACACUUCAUAUUGCCAUUGUUCCUCUUGUGCAUCUCAUUGCACAUGCUGUUCAACUGAAUAUCAUUGCUUGGAUUCCUAAUAUGAAUUACAAGACUUUGGUCAAACUGCAUUCUGAAUUGGCUCAUUUUGUGGCACAGCCUCCAUUAUUUGACAAACCUUGGUUGACUCGAUCUGUUUACGAUCUCUGGUCGCAUCGUUGGCAUCAAAUUUUUAGACCUGGUUUUCAUCAGGUAGCAUAUAAUCCAAUUCGUCGUUUAUUUGGUCAAAAGUAUAAACACAUUGGCCGAAUUGCUGGCACCAUUGCCGUCUUUGCUUGUUCGGGGUUGAUGCACGACUAUAUUAUCCUCGCUUCAUUGGGUCCUAGCAAUUAUAAUCAGCCUGGAGUGUUUGGCUAUCAAACACUGUUCUUUAUGCUGCAAGCACUGGCUACCCUUGUAUCUGUCAUGAGCCCAAGGUUGCCUACUUGGCUGGCUCGUACUUUGACUUGGUUCUGGGUAUUGUACACAGCGCCUCUCUUUGUCGAGCCUUACUUGAGAAUUGGGUUACACCAUAGUGCCACGGUUCCUGGCUUCCCUAAAUUCAUGGAUGCUCCUCUUCAGGGCAUUUGUCCAUAUGGUCCUCGUGGGCUUAUCAAUCAAUAG